GAGUCAUCUUGUAACAUGCGUGGUUGUCGUUACUAGACUCCGCGACUUCUGUCCUGUCUGUCUUUCCCAUAGCGAAGCUGUCAGACUCAUCGGACAAUUAUAUGACUACCUACAGGCGUUCCAGAUCUGAUGAGCAUGAUAUCUAGCCGCGACAACUUCUGUCUUGUUGAUUAAGUUGUAGUUGUUGGUGGUGGUGGUAGGAGUAGUAGUGUGAUUUUGCACCCCGUUGCUUGGAGGUCGAGUUUGGGGUUGGAGUUUUUAUUGGAGUUGGGAGUUUGCUUCGGUGUUAGGAGUUUGCUUCGGUGUUAGUUGUAUGGCAUCGCAGUUAGAGAGAAGCUCCAGUAUGCGCUCCGAUAGGGACACGACAAUGGCGGUCUUCCAAAGGUCCGCUUCUUCUGUGAAAGAGUCCACUGCUGUCAAUGUUCCUGUCAUGCAGCGCAACAGCUCCUUGCUCAAAGGUAGUCCCCCGUCGGAGAAGCUGCGAGCGCUUCCUUCUCUUGUCAAGGAUGGCCAAGGAAAGAGCGGGCUUAAUGAAUCUAUUCGGAAUCGCAAUAUCGUCAUCGGCAUCCUGUCGGGCCUUCUCUUCCUUGCUGUGGUGGUGCUCCCCUGGGAGGGGGAAGUGGGACCUGCUUACAUCGCUGCUGGCAAUGUCGGCAAAAAUUCUGUAAGCAUUGCUAGCGGUGGUGACCCAUUUCAGAGCAAAUGGGCGAACGCAGCUAGAGCGCGGCCUUAUCAUCAUUUCUUGAAGAUGUCCUUCCUGGGUAGUUCGAAAUUUCUCGUCACAGGCCCUGCCAUUACCGUGCCUUACCACAACGGUCCCAUACUAGCCGGUAAGGGUGGCGUGCUCAAGGUGCAUGUCAUAUAUUAUGGCGCUUUCACGGCUGCCCAGAAGGCUAUAAUUAACGACUUUCUUCAAUCGUUUUCAGCGCCGAAGGCUUCCGCGGGACAUCCCACUGUCGCAGGCUGGUGGGCUAUCACCAAAGGAUUCACAGAUGGUUCCAAGGUGCCCGUUGCGCAGACUGUUCUGCGUGGUAGCGUCCACGAGGACGCUGCUUACAGCCUAGGAAAGUCCUUGAUGCAAUCUGAUGUUGAAAAGCUAGUAGUCUCCUCCCUCGGCAAAGGUGUUGCGCUAGAUCCUGCUGGGGUUUAUGUCGUAUUGACAUCCGCCGAUGUCAAUGUCCAAGGAUUCUGUAGCUCUCAGUGCGGGACUCAUCUAUACACGUUCCCAUCUGCAGCAACGCAGACUCAUGUUCUCCCCUACGCUUGGAUCGGCAAUGCCGAGAAGCUCUGCGCGGGCCACUGUGCGUGGCCAUAUGCUAAGCCUGUCAAGGGAGCUGGGCCUGACGUGCCGCCGCUAAAGCCUCCCAGUGGUGAUGUCGGCUUGGACGGGAUGAUCAUCAACAUGGCGAGCUUACUUGUCGGCACAGCCACUAACCCUUACGCUACAGCCUAUUUCCAGGGCGAUGCAACGGAUCCCUUGGAAGCAGCUGGCGCUUGUGGCGGGAUCUAUGGUGCAGGUGCUUACCCUGGCUACGCAGGACAGCUGCUGACUAACUCCAAGACAGGAGCUAGCUUCAAUGUCUAUGGUGUCAACGGCCGAGAGUUUCUUGUGCCAUGGGUGUACAACCCUGUCACGAAGAAGUGUGCAGGUCAGGUAUAGCAUGUGUUACAGUACUAGUUUUAUUAGUAUGCCUACUUGACAUCUGUGCUGCUGACAGCCUUAAGUGAAGAGCUUCCAUGGCAGCCGAUGCAACGCUAGGAGGCCUGCUUUUUAGUUUACGUGGCCUUUAUCAUCAAUUUUCGAUUCGACAUCAUUUUGUCACCCGACAGGCUCAUUACAUUGUCGCAACUACUUUGGUUGUGGAUUCAAGUGAAUUAAGUGAACUGGUGGUACGACACCGAGUUGUCCUUAUCUACGAUUACCGUCGGCCUUGUCGUGGUUCCGAGUAAUACUACAUACUUGAUUUGAA